AUGCGCUUCAAAGGUGUUGUAUAUGCCGGCAUUAAUGUUGAUACUUUAGGGGAAAACAUCAGCACUCCUUACGCUUUCUCUCUCUCGAAGCCGAACCCAGAAGGCGGCGAGCCAAUCCCCCUCUUGCCCCUCCUCACCACGAAGCGAGUCUUUCUACGUGCCGUGCUCGCCGAACUACUCUGGUUCAUCUCUGGCUGCACCUCGUCCCUCCCACUCUCCGAAGCCGGGAUUAAGAUUUGGGAUGGAAAUGGAAGCCGCGAGUUUCUGGAUAAAUCCGGCCUCGGCCACCGUGAAGAAGGCGAUCUAGGACCCGUGUAUGGAUUCCAGUGGCGGCACUUUGGCGCCGAGUAUGUCGACGCCAAGACGGAUUACUCCGGCCAGGGUGUCGACCAGCUCAAAGAUGUUGUGCACAAGCUUAUUCACAACCCUUUCGAUCGCCGCAUCAUCAUGAGCGCGUGGAACCCCGCUGAUCUGAAAAAGAUGGCCCUGCCCCCGUGCCACAUGUUCGCCCAGUUUUACGUCUCAUUCCCGCCUGGCAUGAAGCUCGAUGAAAAGACUGGCCGUCCAUCGGAGAAGGGUACCUUGUCCUGUGUGCUCUAUCAGCGCUCUUGUGAUAUGGGUCUUGGCGUGCCCUUCAAUAUCGCGUCCUACGCUCUUCUCACCCAUAUACUUGCACACGCUGCGGAUCUUCAUCCCGGAACUCUCAUUCACACUAUGGGCGAUGCCCAUGUCUAUCUUGACCACAUCGAUGCGCUCAAUGAGCAGCUUGGUCGAGAACCAACAGAGUUCCCCGAGUUGCGCAUUAAGCGUGAUGAUCGGGGGAGCGCGGUCGUUGACGGCUGGAAGGAGGAUGAGUUUGAGGUCAUUGGAUACAAGCCUCACAAGAUCAUCAAAAUGAAGAUGAGCGUUUGA